UGGGGCAUAUAAAAGUCCACUGGCUUUUGAUCUGCUGCAGACAUCAGUUGAGUUCACCCUCUCGUUUCCAAACAUGGCAUUAAAUGGCAAAACUGCAGUAGUGACUGGAGCAGCUCUGGGGAUUGGAAGAGCAAUAACGGAGAUACUUGUGCAAAAUGGUGCCAAGGUAGCCCUCCUGGAUGUGAAUGAAGCUGAGGCGAAGGCUUUGAAGAAAGCUCUCGACAAGCAGUACGGACAAGAGAAAACUAUAGUCAUAAAAUGUGACGUUGAGUCCGAGGAGCAGAUCAAAGCUGCCCUCCAGAAGACAGCAGAUACCUUCGGAGGGAUUGACAUUGUGUGCAACAAUGCCGGCAUCUUGAAUGAGGGGGAGUGGGAGAAAACUGUCUCCAUAAACGUGUUGGGUGUUAUCAAGGUGACUUAUUUGGCUCUGAAGCACAUGAACAAGCUGACUGGAGGUCGUGGUGGAGUCAUGGUCAACACAGCAUCUAUGGCAGGUCUUGGCCCAUUUCUGACCUGUCCUGUCUAUUCAGCCACGAAGCACGCCGUGGUGGGCUUCACUCGGUCCAUGGCGCUGGCCUCUGCUGUCUCAGACUAUGGUAUUCGCUUCAAUGCAGUUUGCCCAGGUUUUGUCGAAACUGACCUCAAGGUCAAAUUUCCAUUCAAACUGGGACAGUUCUCCCACCUGUCUGAUGUAGGAAAGGAAAUGGUUGAACAAAUGGGGACAAUCCAACCGUCUGUGGUUGCUGAGUGCGUCCUCGAGCUGGUGACGGACGAGACAAAGAAUGGAGACCACCUCUUGGUCAAGCAUAAUGAGAAGUCAUACGUAACUUUUCCCGAAGUGCUGUAGAAGCUCCUGGAAACAAGAAAUCACAACACCAUCAUACAGAACCAGGAACCAGAACCAAGUCUUCUGUGUGAACCCUGCAGUUAAAACUGGCUGCAGUGUUUCUAUUUGUUGAAAAUGAAGUAAAUCAUCAAAUUCAGAGUGUA